CUUUGACCAGACUAGAGAAAGCAACUAUGCUUCCAGGAGAGGCACUGGGUGGACUGUACUCUAUGAUUCAUUUAUAUUCCUUACUUUACAGUCCCCAACCUAAAGAUGCAGAUGCAUUUCCGGGUUAUGGGCCUUUUUUGUCACUGUCUGUUCCACUCUAUCUACUUCAGCAAUGGCCACAUCAACUUCCACCACUGACUACACUCACCAAUAACCCAGAAGAAGAAUAAACCAAACAAAAACCUAUUCAGCAUAGAGAAGAGAAUCAUUCAUUAAUUGCAGGAGCUGAAAAAACAAGAAAAACCCCAUAAUGCUGAAAUCAUUAUUACUAUUGCCUCUCUUCUUCUUCUUCUUCACUAGACUUGAUUUUUUAAAAUAUGCUGUGGGUAGUGAAGAAAGAUUUUGUUCAGCUCCUCCUUCUGAGGAAGAAGACUCAAGUUCCAAAUCACAGUAUUGGAAAGUCACUAAUCCAACCCUUUCUCCUCUCCAUCUUCAAGAUUUACCAGGUUUUACUCGCAGUGUGUAUAAAAGAGAUCAUGCUCUUAUAACACCUGAAAGUCAUGUAUUUAGCCCCCUCCCUGAAUGGAAAAACACAUUGGGAGCAUAUUUAGUUACGCCAGCAAUGGGAUCUCAUUUUGUAAUGUACCUUGCCAAGAUGGAAGUGGGUUCGAUGUCAGCACUACCUCCAAAAGAUGUUGAAAGGUUCAUUUUCGUUGUUGAAGGAAUUGUUACAUUGACAAAUGUGUCUGGAAGCACUCACAAAUUACUGGUUGAUUCUUAUGCAUAUCUACCUGCUAAUCUUGAGCACUCAGUGACCUGUGAUGCACCAGCUACUCUUGUUGUGUUUGAACGAAGGUACGCCAGUCUACCAAAUCACAUUCCUGAGCAGAUUGUUGGCUCAACUUAUAAGCAGCCACUUCUUGAAACUCCAGGUGAGGUUUUUGAGCUACGGAAGCUUCUGCCUAUGUCAGCUGCUUAUGACUUUAAUGUCCAUAUCAUGGAUUUUCAACCUGGGGAGUUUCUUAAUGUGAAGGAAGUCCAUUAUAACCAGCAUGGUUUAUUGCUUUUAGAGGGUCAAGGAAUCUAUCGCUUGGGAGACAACUGGUAUCCAGUUCAAUCCGGUGAUGCAAUUUGGAUGGCACCAUUUGUACCACAGUGGUAUGCUGCACUUGGGAAAACUCGGUCACGAUAUCUACUAUACAAGGAUGUGAAUAGAAACCCAGUGUAGGCCUACCACUGUGUGCUUGCGAGCAACUUUGGCUAUAUGAUUAUUACAAAAGUCAGGCUAUUCAUGUGUAAAUUGGUCGCCAACUGAUUUUUCCUGUGCAAAAAGAAUGUGCGUCUGUGGAAAUGGCAGGUUUAAAUUUAGCUGUACGUUCUUUAGGUGCUGUGACUGCAAUGAUAGAAAAUGCACAUUACUCUUGUUAAAACCGAAUUUCAAUUGAAAAUUUUCUAGCUCCUUCAUAUACGGUAUAGAUGCUCAAAAUGUCUGACUGUAAUUUUCAAGUGCAGUAAGAAGCUUUAUGAGGUUGUAGACUUCAUUCCCACCGAAAACUUAACAGGCAUAGUCAUCUCCAUCUGCUGUAUCCUUAUAGCUGCCUAAAAAGAAGGCAGGUUGGCUGUGCAACAAGUCUGAGGCCAAAAACUCUGGCAAUUUAAGGUACAACCAAAAAAGGUACCUGACAACCUAACCAUGUGAAAUUUUAUCAGACAAAAUUCAUAUCCUUAUCCUCAUAAUAAUGCAGCUCUUAAAGUGAAUUUUCGGUUCAACUCUAAGCUGCCUUUACGGAGAGAUUGAGCUGGUCACAGCAUCAUAUGCUGCAUGUUCUUGCUGUCGACUCCACUUUUAUGCUGCCCAUGUUAUAAUGGAACCCACAAAGCCAAGCUCCUUUUUCUAAUCUCUAUAAUAAGGAGCCAAAAUCUGCAUUCUUUAUCUUCUUCAUUUGCUUGCUCUUUCACUAUCUCUGCUCGUCUUCUCAAAGUCUUACUCGAUUUUUCGUAUUGAUGGCUUCAAUAAGCACCAAAACAACACUGAUAAUGUUCUGCGGUGCUGCUGCCAUGUUUGUGGCUGCUUCUGCUCAAGAUGUUUCAGCUCCCGCACCAUCACCUGACAAAGGAGCAGCAUCGAUUGGUUUACCGAUCUCUAGCGCUUUCUUAUGCUCUUCACUCGUUGCAUCUCUUAUUGCUCUUUUGAAGCAUUAAGUAGUUCAAAUGCAUGAUCAUUCCUGAUUUCCCUUUGGGUUUGAGAUAUCAAAAAUGUUUUUAGUUUCCGAUUUCGUUUAUCUUGUAUAAAUGUCACCUGUUGUAUAAUGAAACCAAAGAUGUUCAAUAACUUCAAAUGCAGCUUAUAUUUA